AUUGACUGGGUAAAGAAAUGGAAUGUUGGCUUUCAUCAGACGCGGAGGCUGUACAAUCCUUACACUGACAACAUGCAAGUCCAUAUGAGCAGAGAUGGACAGGAAGUGGAGGCCAGUGUAGGAGACCAGCUUAUCAAACUUUGGGACAAGAGUGGGGGCAGCAGUACAGGAGGUAGUGGUGGCUAUAAGGGGCCCAACAACUAUAUGGUGGGCAGUGGUGGACCACCUAUCAUGCAUGACCCUCAAGGUCCACCCCCACCACCCCGCCAUCCUCUCCAUCCGCCACAUCUUGGCCCUGUCCACUCUCCUUUCCAUCAUCACUUUGGGAGGAACUAUGGUAAUGGCUAUGGUUAUGGUGGAGGUAGUGGCAGUGGGGGAGGUGGUGGCUGCAGUGGGGGUGGUGGGUAUCGUGGGGGUUACAGGUACGGAUACAGGCGGUAGAGGGCCAGGUGUAUAAUGCCUUGGCAACCAUGUAUCCAGAUGACUUGUCCCACAAUUUUCAGUAGAAAAACAUAUAAAAAGAAAGAUGAAGGUCUGCUUCUAGAGCAGUAUUCUUGAAGCAGAAACAGAGUACUCUUGCAUGCUCCAAGCAUUUAGCACAAUAUUUAUUCUGUGAUGAUAGUUAAGGAACCACUCCCUUUGUGCUCACAUGAUCUAGCACAGUGUAGGAUCUGUUAAUAUUUCAUUAUUAGAUAUUGUCUUCAUAAAAUAACAAUGAUAAUGAUUGUGGAGAACAAAACACAGAACCAGUAGACAUAUAUCAAAUCAGGUUGUACAUGCUUCUUAUUUUUUGUUCUUCAAUUUAUUCUCUAUUCUGAAAAAGCUGCUGAAGAUUUAUAAACCUUAUAGUUGGGGAUGGAUAAAAAAAAGAUUGCAUUUAUGGUCGACUUUUUCAUUCUCUCUCAUGUUUUUCAUGUUGUUUUCAUUAUUUUUGUUCUUUAUAUCUUAAUUUUAUUCUUUAUAUUUUGUUUUGU